GGGAGUGAUGGUCGUACUGACGAGGCUGUGCCGUUUGUGAACGUUGUCGCUGGAAGUUUUUUUAUUUUUUAAGAAAAAUAAGAAAACCUUUCAAGCACGCACUUUCAACGGAGAAAAAACGUUUUUCGUUUUCUUCUGCAGUUAAACGUCUUGUCGAUUUUCACCAACGCAAACUUCAGUUCUUGCGCGUCAUCACCCUUUUUUUUUUUAACGGAUUUUCCGCGACAUCUGUUGCCGUGAUGCGUCCGUCUGGAACUUCGUACGCCAGGAAUGGGCCUGUGACUAGUGCAUAGUACGUUUGUGGCGAGUGAAUAUUUAAUUAAAAACAAGAAGGAAAAAAAAAGUUUUACAACUUUUUUUUUUAAGUGACAAAACAUCUGGACGGCUUGAAAGUGCGACAUUUUUAAGAAACCGUACAGCUGACAAAGUGUUAUUUUUUAUUUAUUUAAAAGGAUCUGAAGUGAUGUAAGACGUAUUUAGAGUGGAGAUAUUUUUAUAUUUUUUGUUUCUUUGUUGAUUACAGCGAAAUGUAUGUGACUUAAAAAAAAAUUAACGCUGAUAAAUAUAACUUUUCGAAGUGUUCUCUCUCUGCCGAUGUGAGAGAGAGUGUGUUUUUUUUUGUCGCGUGUGUGUGUGUGUGUGUGACGUUCUCCAACGGCUUCCGUGAUGCCGACUUAAAAAGGCUUCCUUUCGUUUCUGUAGAGAAACUAGAGUUUUUGUUGACUUGGAGCCGAGUGCACAAAUUGGAUUUAUUAUUUUUUUUUUAUAUUCCACACACGCCGCACAUGCGGAACACUACAAGAAAAUAAUCCCCCGUACGUUGUGACCAGGUGUUCUCGUCAGCAGGCGGCGGAGGUUUUUUUUUCUUCCUUCUCAUCUUGAAGAAAACCAAGGACAAUGGAGUUGUUACCAGGUGCAUGCGUAUUGCUCAUCCUGGCAUCGCUAUCCGCGCCGUCGGCCGCCGAGGAGGUGAAGGACACGCGCGAGUGGGAGGACGUGACCUUGGAGUGCCGCUUCUCGGCGCAGCUCGUCAGCCACGACACGGGCUACCUGUGGACCAAGAAGCCGGCCGGGGAGUCGCCGACGGCCGCCAGCGACCACGUGGCCUACAAGACCGACGUGUUCGACGCCAACUACAAGGUCGACUUCCAGCCGGAGCAGGGCAGGUACGACCUGGUGAUCCGCAACACGAGCUUCAGCCGCGACAACGGCCGCUUCGAGUGCAUGAUCCGCGCCGUGGGCAGCGGCAGCGUGCUGCACUCGCAGAGCUACCUGCUGACCGUGCUGCGGGCCCCCGGGCCGCCCACCAUCUCCCCGGGACCCGCCCCCAUCGCCACCGAGGGCAAGCCCUUGGAGCUGGAGUGCAGCAGCGCCGGGGGCAGUCCGGAGCCCGCCGUCAGGUGGUACAAGGACGGCAGCAGCUACAUGCUGGACGCGCGCGCCAGCACCAAGGGCUCCGUCACCACCUCGGUGCUGUCCGUGGUGCCGUCCAGGACGGACGACGGCGCCGUGUACCGCUGCGUCGUGUCCAACCGCGCCAUGGCCGAGGGCGCCAAGCUCGAGGCGAAGGUGCAGCUCAACGUCAACUACUUCCCUCGCGUGGAGGUGGGCCCGGAGAACCCGUUGCGCGUGGAGCGAGACGGCAGCGCCACUCUGCAGUGCAAGGUGGACGCCAAGCCCAAGGCGACGAGCGUCAAGUGGAGCCGCGACGGCCGCCCCGUGGCCCACUCCCCGGAGCACCGCCUCCUCCGGGUGUCCGCCGAGGACGCCGGCCGCUACAGCUGCAGCGCCGACAACGGCCUGGGCCAACCGGGCGAGGCGGACAUACUCCUGGACGUGCAGUACCCUCCCGUCGUGGCCAUCGACAGCGGCAAAGGCGGAGCCGCGAACCAUCGCGAGGCCGAGGAAGGGGAGAGCCUGGAGAUACACUGCAACGUGAGCGCGAACCCUCCGCCCGUGACGGUCGAGUGGCUGCGCGACGGCCGACCGGAGUUCCGCGAGCCCGGGGAGACCCUGAGGAUCCCCAGGGUGUCGAGCGACACGGCAGGGUCCUACACGUGCCGCGCCAUCAACGUGCUCAGCCCCUACUCCCAGCCGCGCCGCCGCGUGGAGAAGGUGAGCAACGCGUCGAUCACCAUCCUGGUGAGGCACAAGCCCGGUAGGGCCAGGAUAUCCCCGGACAGACCCGUGGCGUCGGAAGGGUCAGGUGUGACCCUCACCUGCUCGGCAAACCCCCCCGGGUGGCCCGCGCCCCAGUACCGCUGGUGGAAGGACGGGGACCAGGGCACCUCCUCCUCGUCUUCGUCUUCGGGGAUGCUGCCGGCGACGGUGCUGGCCACGGGGCAGAAGUACACCAUCCCCUCGGCGCACCUGGGCAGCGAGGGCCGCUACCACUGCCAGGCCACCAACGAGAUGGGCCACGGCGAGCCAGCGUCCGUGCCGCUCGAGGUUCACCAGGCGCCGCGCUUCAUCGCCAAGCUCCAGCCGCACCUCACCAGGAGGGUCGGCGACUCGGAGUUCUCGGUGACGUGCGGGGCCCAGGGCAAGCCCAAGCCCUCGAUCCGCUGGCUCAAGGACGGCCGCGAGCUGGCGCCGGACGCCAAGGCCUUCGACGUCUCCACGGACGAGUCGGAGACCCGCAACUCGGUGUUCACCAUCCAGAGCACGCUGCGGUUCGUGGGCGGGGAGCGUCCCGCGGGCAACCAGCUGCUUCCGGGCGACCGCGGGGUCUACUCGUGCGUCUUCGAGAACGAGGUCAAGCGGGCCGAGUCCAGCAUGCACCUGCGCAUCGAACACGAGCCGAUCGUGCUCCACCAGUACAACAAGGUGGCCUACGACCUGCGCGACACGGCGGAGGUGGUGUGCCGAGUCCAGGCGUACCCCCGGCCGGAGUUCCAGUGGUCGUACGGCACCAACGCCGCGCCGCUGAUGCGCAGCAGCGAGGGCCACUACGACAUCGCCACGAGCGUCGAGUCGGGCGACACGUACCGCAGCGUGCUCAGGGUCGCCGACGUGCGGCGGGAGGACUACGGGGAGUACACCUGCCGCGUCACCAACACCCUGGGGAACAUCCGCGCGGUGAUCCGUCUCCAGCCCAAGGGCCCGCCCGAGCGGCCGCGCGGCGUGGUUGCCGCCGACGUGGGCUACAACCACGUGUCGCUGCAGUGGCGUCCCGGAUUCGACGGCGGCCUGCGCGGCACCAAGUACUUCGUGUCGUACCGCCGCGCUUCAGCCGUCACUUCGUCGUCCUCGUCGGGGGAGGAGGCGUGCGGCCGCGCCGCGGGGUACGGACCGUCGCCCCGAGGGGGCGGAGGCGAGGGCUGGCAGGAGUUUGACUGCCAGCGGAACAACCCCUGCAACGUUUCCGCCCUGGAGCAGCACCAGACCUACCUCUUCAAGGUGAAGGCCUACAACACCAAGGGCCACAGCGACUACUCGGACGAGGUCCCCGCGACGACGAGGGCGGACCGGAUCCCUCCCCCUCAGCGCGUGGCCUACGACCCGGAGACCCACACGCUGUCGGUGAACCUCGCCGCGACGUGCCUGCAGCUCGUGGGGCUGGUGGAGGCGGCGACGGACGGAGAGGACUGGCGGGUGGUGCACACCCUCCCGCUGGCCGGCGGGCCGGUGACCCGUCGGGAGGCCACCGUGCUGGCGCUGGUGGGGCGUCACCGCCCGGCGCUGUCCGGGGGCUCCUCCCUCCCGGGCCCCGACGACGAGGGCCGGGCCAGCGCCAGCGCCGCCUUCGACUCCCCCGCGCCGCCGCGCGUCCGCGUCAAGCUGUGCCUCAAGGGCGACGAGGCGCGCUGCAGCGACUACACGGAGGCCGAGAUCGGUCCCUCGUACGUGACCCAAGCCGGCGCUCUGACCACGCCCGCCAUCGUCGCGAUCAUAGUGUCGUGCGGAGUGUUCCUGCUGUGCUCCGGCCUGAUCUUCGUGUUCUGCCGCUGCCGCAAGUACCACUUCAAGAAGGGCAACGAGAAGGACUACGAGAUGGAUUCGUCGACGGUGCGGCCGAGCCUGGUGACGCAGCAGCCCCCGCCCCCCUACUACCCCUCCGCGGGCGCCGACGGCAAGGCCUCCGUCGAGAUGUCCCUGGACGACCCGUCCAAGGAAGGGGUGUACGCGUCGCAGAAUGGCUACGGCUACCACGGCGGAGCGCCGGCCCAGGUCCCGGUCCCAGCGGGGCACAACGCCAACGGCGGAGAGUGGGUUAAUCUCGGCUACAUGGACAACAGCUACUCAAACUCCAACAACGGGGGGUCCGUCAACUCGCAGGACUCCCUCUGGCAGAUGAAGAUGGCCGCCCAGGCGAACAACAACGCGAACAACGUCAACUCUGACCACCACCACCAUCUGGUGGACAGGACCAACUCGUACGGCUACGACCCGCUGACCCACGGGGGGUACGGGGCGGUGGACGACUACGCCCCCUACCCGCACCUCAGCGGCUCCCCGGAGCACGAGUACCGCUCGGGGGCGGCGCAGCAGCGAGGCAGCAACAACCCGUCGCGGCAGGACUACGCCGGCGACCCCUACGCCGCGGUCCACAAGCAGAAGAGGCGGGUGGACCAGCACCUGGAUUCCCCUUAUCACGACGUUAGUGGCCUCCCCGACCCGUACAUGGACCAGUUGGACUGUGACGAAAGCAAACCGCAGCACAUUUCCCUGUCGUUCGACGAGAGCCUGGAGAGCGGGUACUCCACGCCCAACUCCCGCAACAGGCGCGUCAUCCGGGAGAUCAUCGUGUGAGGCGGGGGGAGGAACGCACGCCGCGGAGCCGACGACGCGGGACGGAUCUGGAUCCGAACGCCCUACGCCGCUUCCAGAGUCCCUUCCUCCCGGCUACAGUCUCCGGAAGACGACGACGUGAGGGGCGAUCGUUCUUUUUCUUUCGCUCUGGUGUGCUGUGCGACGACGGGGAAUACCCGGCGCGCCGGAAGACCGUCGGGAGAGAGAGAAGCCUCAUGCUGUCCGCAUUUCGGAAUCGGGGGGGAAACGUUCUCGUGCUUCAACAUUCGCCUCUUUUGUCCUCGUCACUCAAAACCACAGUUUCGAUUUUAAAAAAAAACUGUGUGCUCUGUGUGUCUGUGUGUUUGUAGAUGUACGUACUUUUGAACACCUAAUUCAUGCUGCAGCAGAUAUAAUCAAUUUUAUAUAUAAAUAAAUAUAUAUAUAUAUAGUGCUUCGUGUGCACUGUCGUUGAGUAUUAUACAACCAUUUUUUUUUUUUUUUUUUUUUAAUUUUUUGAAUGAGAAUAAAAUUUAAUUAGGAUUAAUAUUUACGUGGCAAAGGUGUUUGAAAACGACCCCCUGAUUUGAAUAAAUUUACACAUUGUCACUCCUUGCCACUGCUUCAGUGACGGUAAUUUAAGAGAAAAAAACUCUUUGAUAUUUGUAUUAUUGUACAAAGCAAAAUUGCAAUAUGUAUUAAAAGAAUCUCAACACUGAGCGGAAAUUUGAUACAUAUUUAAAUAUGAAACUGUUGUUUAGUGUACUCUUGCAUUGCAUCAUCACAUAUUUUCAAAGGUCGUGCAAUUAUGAUGGGAAAUCAUGUGCCAAAACAUAAAUUAUUUAUGUUUGGUACAUUGCGUUGUUAUUACAUGUAGUGUGGAUUCAGAGAAGGAAGAACAUUUUUUUCGCAUGCUGUCGCAAACAUUUAAUGUCGCAUGUUUAAGUGUUUUUUUUCACACAAUCUGCACAUCUAAUGGUUGAAAAAAAAAAAUAGGUUAAACAGCAUCUUUCCUCGGAUCUGUAUUGUAAAAAAAAAUUCACUGUGUUAACAAUAUGGGUGGAUCUGGUGAUGAAUAAAUUUUUUUGUAAAUAGAGCAAUUCAGGACACAUCAUAGUGGCUACUUUGUGCAAAUUGUACACUUUGUGAAGACUGCAAGCACAGACUUGAAAAAAACAGUGUAAAGAAGUUAAUAACUAAGCAAACACUUGUGUUUUAGCAAGUGUUUGGGUUGUAAUGUUAAUCUAAUGAUGUGUUGUUGUUUAUAGGUGAUAUAAUAUAAGUUAUGUACUCUUUAACUCCUCUUUUUAAUAUUAAGCACAAAGUAAUUCCACAAUCCAUCAGUAGAUCAAAUUUUGAGCGCAUGCAGCAACGUGAUCAAAUCUUGCUUUCAGCCAUUUUGCGUCACUUUGUGUGUACAGCGUUUGAAUCAUCAUGUGCAUCUGUGUUUGACUGCAAAACAUUAUACGUAUCAACAUCUUGAAAUAAUAUGAGGAAUAGAUGUCUCUUCCCCCUCCCCCCUCCACCCCCUUCCCAUUUGUCGCAAGUGGUUCCCACAAAGUUUUUGGGAACCAUUAAUUUAUGGAAGUCAUUCGUUUUUCAGACAGUGAAUAAUGAUUUUCGAUUUCGUUUCUCGGGGAGCAAUUUUUUUUUUAUAUAUAUACAAAUAAAUAUAUUUGAUUUAUUCAGAUUACAAUUCUUAAAACAGAAACUUGUAUCAUGCACAGUUUUAUCAAUUUUAAGAAACAUCUCUCAUAGAGAAAACACUGUUCAAGAUAUGGACGUACAUACGAUGAUUUAUUUUGCAAAAAAAAAAAUAAAAAUGUUUAACAGUUCAGAAUGUUUUUUUAAUGCAAAAUAAUCUAAAAAAAAAAAAACAGACACACUUACUGUGUUUGUUGUGUUUUACAUAUGCACUAUAUGUUUUAUGAAUAUAUUAUAAGUUAGUAAUAUUAGAUAUUAAAUAGUAUUUAUUAAGUUAGCUUUUAAUUUUUUUUAAUACACAAGUUACAUAUAUAUUAUGUGCAUUGAUUUGCCAGUAGGAAAGUCUCACAGCCAUAGGCAUGGUGGUUUGAAUUUUGAAAGAUUAAAGUAUGCAUUUAAUUCUUUGUCAUUCUUUAUUGUGUUUCUUCAGUUUGAAUUUAAUUAUUUUUUACAAGUUUAUGGUUUAAUCUGUUAAAAGUUCUCUGGUAGAAUUUUGAUCCAAAAAAUUUUUUCAAAAUUAUGAAGUGAAAUGAACACAUAAGCCUAAUCAUAUCUUAACAUUUACUGUGGAUACUGACAAAACUUUGCUCACCUGCUAGCGAAUAUCGUGCAUGAGACGUGUUUCUUGAACAGUGUUUUUACAUUCAUCCUCAUUGUGUAAAUAAUUAAUUACAGUGUAUUUAGUUUGUGUUUACGACACUGCAGUGUGCUCUUUAACUUAUCAAGAUGUUUUGAUUAGCUUCUCGCUUGUGAAUCCAUAUUGUGUUCUAACUUUGUUCGUAAGGAUUCUUUUAUUUUAUUUCACUAGCCAUUUUAAAGGUAACCUUUUUGUUAAGACUGCAGAAAUAAUCAUCUCAGUCAGUGUAAUGCUUAAUGAAGUGGAUUUUAAGUUGUGUCCAAAUAGUCUUGAUUACCACGGAGAGUGUGUAAAACAAGAAACACUCAGUACAUACACGUACUUAAACAAAUAUACAUUUUAUAAUUUAAAUAGAUAUUUCCUCACCAUUAAAAAUAACUACUUGAAACUAGUUUUGAAUACAAAAUAAAAUACAGUUCACAAUUUUUCCUAAAAUACAUUUUUUUUUAAAUUAAUAAUAACUUAAACAAAAUUUAUGUAACAAUUGUUUAUAAAUUAAUGUGUUCUAUUAUUAGUUUGUAAUUGGAAAUUACAUUUCAAAAUAAUAAGCCCCAUAACUUUUGUAUUUUUUUAUGAUGAAAUAAUUUAUUUUAUACUAAAAUUGUAACGUAUAUAAAAUAUAAUUGUUGUGAGAGAGCCCAGGAACAAAAACAAAUUGAGAGAUUUUAUUUUUUCUUAAUUUUUCAAAUAAUAAUUUUGAAGUUUAAGUGCAUAGUGCCCUUCAAGAAAAUAAUCAUGGAUUCUCCCAUGUAAAGUGGGUAGGUAUUCUAUAUUUUAAUCUCUUUGGGGUAUUGUGAUAAAUUUUUGUGUUUUCAAUUUUUAAAAUUUCUUCGCGUACCUUAAAGCCAGAGCUGUCAUUAACGACAAAAAUUGGCCACCCUUUCAAGUAAACAGAGUCAUCUGGGAAAAUAAGAAACAGCACAUUGUGUAGAUAGGCCCUACCCGACUGUGCUGCUUGAUUAAGUAGUAAUGCUGCUUUACAGAGGACGUUAAGUAAAUGUGUGUGCUUAAAGAAUUUUUGGACACAGCUGUAGUCCUGUUCACAUUACGUUGAAAUUUUUCAACUUUAGGUUUUGAUAAAAACCCGAGCGAUAUAACAGGUGCCAUUUCAAUGUUUAUAAAACUUAUAUAUGUGAUAUUGUGUAUUUAUUGUGUUUGUAAACACGUGUGUUGCAAUCAUAUUACUGUGGCUUAAUUAUAGUUUUUUUUAUUACAUUUUGUAUAAACUUAAAAUGAUUUAAAUUGCUCAAAUUACAGUUAAAAAAUAUGUGUGAAAUUUUGUGUGUAAGCAAAUACUUGUUAUGAAAAAAAAAAUUAUGUCUCAUAUUUUGUAUGUAAGCAAAUACUCACAGUAAGAAAAUAAUAGGUCUGAUAUUUCGUAUGUAAGCAAAUACUCACAGCAAAACAAUUAAUAGGUCUGAUAUUUUGUGUGUAAGCAAAUACUCACAGCAAGAAAAUAAUAGUCCUGACAUUUUGUGUGUAAGCAAAUAAUAUUAAUUGUGUACGUAUGAGUGUUUGUAAGUGGUAAUGCAUGUAUGUAUGUAUGUAUAUAGAUAUCUUUUUACAAUGUGUAUUUCGAAAGUGGAAUUUUAUUUUGCAAAAGUUUGUUUUUUGUGUGCUACCUACGCUACAGCAAAUUGGAAUGACUAAUCUUGUGUCUUGUUUUCUGCAUCUCAAUAGAAUGCCAAAGUAUCAAGCGAUAUUUCACUUGCAGCAGUUUUUUACUAUUUCCCAUAUGCAAACAAAAUACCGACGUUAAUAUUUUUGCAGUGUGGGUUACUAACAGUAUGUUUCACAAGGCGUUCACGUUUUAAAAAUGUCCACGAAAAUAUACAUACGAGCAAAUUGUCAAUAUUUGAAUGUGCUAAUGUGCUUGUGUCUAAUGAUGUUAGAAUAAUAUAGGUUUUUUUUAAUGCAUUUAUUUGAACUACAUGUUUGAAAUUAACUUAAAUGUCUUGGUUCUGUCAGUGGAAGCUACUGUAUUGUAUGGCUCGGUAAAAAAAAAAAAAAAUGAUGCCGGACACAAAGUACUAUAUUAAUUUUCAGUUAAUACUGGAAAAUUUACUUCAUUGGGCACAGAAAUAAAAUAUAUGUGGUUGCAAAUUGCACUAAGAUGAUCAGGUUCAACAUUUUUGAUGUGUAACAUCUUAGCUCUUGGUACACAGCAGUUGGUCGGAAUAAUUUCGUGAAUGUGACGCAAGUGAAAAAACGGAAAUGUGUAAACCACGGUGCUGCCAUCUGUGGUGGAUGGCACGAAAAAUAGUUCACAAACACAAAGGUAAACUUUCUGGUAUUAAUUCAAUGAAUUUUAACAAGACGGGCAGUUUUUUUUAAAUAAAAUUUGUUGUCGAUAAUCAGGUCCAGAGCCAGGCUUUAAUAUUUUUUUCAUGUUUUUUUUUUUCUCGCUUUUAUUGGAACAGUUUCAUUACAUUGUUUAAAAUUUUGGUCUGCAAAGCAAAUGAUUUGAUAGUUGACUUCCCAGCUCGGGCAGCGAAUUCUUGCGGUGGGUGCAGAAACUCGUAAUUUGCGCCCGGAAAUGUAUUUGGAUAUAUAUGUCUUACGCUCUGCAUCAUGUUUUAAUGAAUUCUACAUUAAAUUUUUGUGUCCCAAGUUUUGUAUUGUAAGUGUGUUUGCAUCAUGAGCACACUUGAAUUAGCUCGUUACUGAGGUUAGAUGUUACACAUCACUGGUAUGUACUGAUCAGACAUGCUCACAUAUUUUUUUUUGGUGAAUUUAUUGUUUUAUAAAACAACAAUUGUGAGUUAUUUUAUAAAACAAAUUUAAGAAUUUAAAUAUUUUUUAAACUCUUAACAGUGAACACAUAAGGAUACAUCUGCCAAAGAUACCUGUUUAAGGAAUACAUUAUAUGACUUAUCCAAUAUCUUUGUAUGACUACCGAAAAAAAGAAAAUCUACUGGAUGCAUUACUAAACGAACAAACAAACCGAAAAAAAGAAUGACCAAAAAACUGCUUUAAUUGACUUCAGUUAGUAUCUAUCUUCAGAAACUGAUUUACCAAUAAAUUUGUUUCGCGUCCAUUACGGUUUUUUUUCCAUCGUCAACCGAGUCCAAUUUAUUUGAUAGUUUUGAGAGGUUGUGUGCUAGUUUUUAAUAAUUUUGAUGCCUCAGAAAUUUCAAGAUGCACAGAGAUUAACUUUCAAAAAAUUACGUACAUGUAUUUUUUUUUUAAAAAACCAGUUUUAUGGUAAUAACGGUAAACUCAUCAAUUAAUGUUAUGCAAGAGGGUAAACUUAAAAAAAAAUUAUAAUUGCCUAAUGAGAAAUUGUUUCAGAUAAUUGUGGUAGCCGUGUGUCGCGUCCCGCAAAUGUGCUGCUGGUUGUCACUUUGCAACGUCAGUUGUAAUUCGUGGUGCGGGCUGGCAAUGUGAUGUUUGAUGCGAGUGAGAACGCGGUCUCCACCGCCAAGGCUGCCUCCUCUCUCCAGUGACUGGGCCUGUGUGAAUAUUCAAAAUUUAAAAAUACCAAUUGAGAAUUAUUUAUGUAUCUGUAUUUGAUUUGACUUCAAAUACUUUGCACUUCUAAAUUGAAGAACACCUGAUUGUAUUCCAAGUGUGGUGAAGGUGUUAACACGCCGUAUCACCCGGUAUAGUUAUCGACUUUGUGAUCGGGCUAUUGUCACGCAAUGUACAAUACAUAUUAGUUGACCUCAAAUAACUACACAUACUUUAUUUUUGAUACGUACACAGUUAACAAAAGACGGCAGGACAAUCUGCGAUCUUAAUUUUUUUUUUUUAUAUAUAUAAGUUGAACACAAGCAAACAACAGUUAUUCUGUAACCACUAAAAAAAAAAAAAAAAAGACAGCCGAUAAUUUGAAUUUUUUUUUUUUUUUUUUCAAUUCAGAUUCAAUAUUUGUAUUGAAAAUAUUUUGAUAUUUAUAUUCCAGUUCUAUUCAAACUAAACAUUUGACUAUUUUCACAGGCCUAUCGGUAACCCGGACUGGUUUCGAGCGACGCUUGCCUGGCGGAAGUGUUCCGAGUUAUUUCGGCAGAGUCGUGCAGACCACGCUCUCUGUCGCAUCGAAUAUGUGCCCCUGGUACUUCACACAAAGAGCACUGCGCUGGCGUGAGACACCCUCGAAGCGCGAACUUGCGGGCGAGUGCUGUUUUUCAAACGGGCUCGUUCGUUUGUGGUUUGUGUUUGGCGAGUAUUGCGAGAAGACACCGACACAGACAGUGGCUACAGGAAAAUAGAUUAAAAAAAAAAAAAAAAAAAAAAAACUCUUGGAAAUAAAUUUUGUAGAACGUGACUGCUGGUUUUAUAAUUGUAUUCUUCAGUAUCACGGUCAAACUUAGACAAACCGUCACUCGUUUAAACAUCUGUUUCUGUUAGCUGUGAUCGUAAAAAAAAAAAGAUGUUAAGUAUUAACAAACAUAACAUAAAUCCUUAAAAUUACUUUUACACCCAAGAAUUAGGAACACAAGUGUGCAGAAAGCUUAGAUAACAUUAUUUUUAAUUAACGUAGGUUUAUAAUACUUACCUGAAUGUAAUGCUACGGUUUGUGCCAAAACUGGGGAUACUAGAAAUGGGGGUCGCAUUACAAUCGCGAACUUGUAUUUUGCUAUUGGGAACAGCUUGGUUGAAAAACUAGAGGCUCUUUCUGUAUACCGCAUCACUCAUCAUUUAUGCCACUUAAGUCCGGGGCUUUGUGGAUCUCUGCAUGGGCGUGACAGAUGAGAGAUGCAGGAUGAAGGAGAGGAUGAAAGUUGUGUUUCUCUCUGCUUCUCUUCACUGGCUGCUGGAGACUUUCUUCUCUUUCACCCUCCCAUGUGACCAGACCACCCUGUAUCACCACAGUCUUCGCUUUCUGAACAGCUGCCUUUGAACUAGUCAUAUGACACUAUUUUUUUUUUCUAACUGCAGCUUGGUGUUUCAAAAGAAAACUGGGUAAAUCACUCUACUUACGAAAGUGGCAUCAGAAAGUGUCUAGUAAAUAAGUAAUAAAUCAAAUAAUUUAAUUAAUUUUCAUGUGCCAUGUACUUUUUCCAAACCAUAAAAUAUUUUCAAUAAACUCGUAAUCAAAAAGUUUGUCGUCGCAUUAUAUUUUGAGUCUCAUUAUUUUUUUUAGUUAAAUGUGGUACAUAAUGCAUGUAUAUAGUAUACACACAAUACAUUUCUGUACAUUACUGCUCUUAUAUUUUAUUGAUGUUAUGUAUUGAUAAUUAAUAUUUUUUGUUUCUUUUAAAGGAUUUUAUUUCCAUUUUCAUCCACAAGCCCACAGUGAAAUCAUGUUAUUGUACAUACAUGUUAGAUUUUCGUGAAACUUUCGUUAUUUGCCACAGCCCUGAUUGAUGGUUAAUCAAAGUUUCACUGUAGUUAACAAUUGUUUACAGUACCAAGUGCGUGUUUCGGAAACAUCAUUAAAAACUUGAUUUGAGAUUAGAAACCUCUAGAUCAGUUUUUUUUUAAAUUAAACAGCACAUACAUAACACUAAUAGUCCGGUCAAAAUAGACAUAAAAAUAGUGAUCAAAUAACAAAAAUUCAGACAGCUGAAUUUUGGUAGAGACCUUGGGUAGAAUCUAACUCCUUCAACUGUUAGAAUGGCGUUAUCGUAGCAAUAGUGAUUCUUAGAAAAAAAGUAUUAGGACCAUUUUUGUAUAUAAUUUUGUAAUUUAGAAUUUUUGUCUGGGCUAUAUUUUUGAUAAAACUUACCGUUUUUGAGAAAAUUCAAAUUUAAAAAAAAAUUACCUUUGACCUUGAAUAACUUUUUUAGCACACAUGGGAUCUAUGGGAACUUUUGGCACUUUAUUUCAAUUGGUCUACCCAAGGUCUCUACCAAAAUUCAGCUCUGUCGAAAUUUUUGUUGUUUGAAAUGUCUAUUUUGACCGGACUAUAAUGUUAUAAGUUCAGUUUAUUGCAUCCAUUAGAUCAUGUUUUGUCGGUACAAGUUUGCACAAAAGAUAUUGGGCAUGUCAUUUUAUUCAUAAAUAUAAUAAUAUGAUUACAAUAAAUUAAAAACGCAUGCAGCAAAUGUUCCGUUAUCUGAAACCACGACUGGUUUUGCGAAAAGUGUAGCCGUCUGUAAUCCCCGCACAAAACAAAGCACCAAAUGCAAUUUGCAAUUACAUGUUUGUAAUUGCAAUUUGCAAUUACAUGUUUGUAAUUUUUUUUAUUAUUAAACCUAUAUUCAUUGACAGAAUAGAAAGAAUGGCCAAUUGAGAAUCCUUUCAUUUUUUUCUAAAAAGGGCUGUUAAUUUGAGAAGCACAUGUUGCAAAUGUUUAAGCAGCUUUUUGAAUAGUUGACUGGCUGAAUAAGUAGGUUAUUUUUGUUCCCAAAUUAGGUCUACAAGCAAAAUAUGCAAAUGGUUUUUAUAUAUUGUAUUGUGCUUAUGAAAGUAAUUGUUUCUUUAAAUAAUAUAAUUAUUUCAUAAAUUUUAUUAAAAAUCUUUAUUUAGUUUAAAAGAUCAACUGCUCAUAUUAAUAACUAAAAUUAUUAAGUAAAAAAAUAAAAAGAUUUUAAAUAAUUUAUUAGAAUUUUGUGUUUAAUCUAAAUGAUCAAAUAAACUUAAUUUAAAAAAAGGAAUUGAAUAUACAAGUAUUGUGAAAUAAUUUGUGCCUGCUUUUAUGUGCUAGUCCAUUUAUAAAACAAGAAAAAAAAUGUUGAAACUGCGAACAAUUUUUUUUUUUAAGUGAACAUUUAAUAGGAACACACAAAAUAUUGUGUAGCCUUGACAAACCCAUUCAUAUUUCAUUGCAUGUACGGUAUGUUUUGAUGAUGUAUAAUAUUGAGACUCGGUAUGUUUGUUUGAGAUGUGUGUGUAUGCAAACAACUGCAGGUAGUAGAAUAUUUUUUUGAACCUCUUUUGUUGUAUGAUUUUGUUGUAAAAUGUGCAUUUACAUUUUUUUUUGUACUGCCAUAUUUAAGCGACGAGAGAUUAAUUUUUUUUUUGGAUUCCGAAACGACGUGAAUAAAGAAGAGAAAGGAUUGUCACCCACCGUCCCGUCCAACUUAUUCUUGUAUAUUAUUUGUUCUUUACAAUUUAGUUUUUGAACUUUGGUAGAUUGCACCUGAAGGUCGAAAAUUUCGGAACUGUUGAAAUUUAGUGUGAUGUAAAAAAAAAAAAUAAUGUGAUAUGAUCUCAGUGUUAAUUGAUCAGUUGCAUGGCCUUGCAAAGGCAUUGUGGACUAACGUUUGUACAUACGUAAAUUUAAAUCUAUCUCUCCAGACAUGAUGUAAGGGUGAAACAACCUUGACAAGUACGUUACGUAUUUUAAGGAUUCGUUGUUUUUUACCAUCAAAACUGUUCUUUCAGCUUGUAUAAUAGAUUUCAAUGAACUUACGGACUGUUUACUAAUAUGUACUUUGUUGAUAUUAAUCAUCUUUAUGUGAUCUUAUCUACUUGUUUUAUUUUUUAUUUUGUAAAAAUAAUUGUUUUGUAUUUCUUCUCACAUACAUAUGUGUUUGUCAGUGACCAUUUUUAUUUUGUACUGAAGUCAUUGUUGAGAAAAUAAAUAAAAACGUAUGUGUA